AUGAAUCUUGGUAUGAUUAAAUACAGUGCUGAGGGGGAGAUUGUGAAGAGAGUUGACUCGAGAAAGAGCGAUGACAAAGAAGGAAAGUGUAAACCUGAUAAUAAAGUACCACAGGAAGACCUCAGAAAGAUCCUGCAGAAACAUAAGAAGAUGUUCCAAGGUGUAGGGACAUUAAAGAAUCCUGAAACAGGAGAGCCAAUCCUCACUUAUAUCGAGAUGAAUGCCGACGCCAAAUCUGUCAUACAACCUCCAAGUCCUGUCCCACACCAUCUCGAAGAAAGAACCAGGAAGAAAUUGGACUACUUCGUUCAAGAAGGGAUAAUGACUUGGACUAAACCAGGAGAACCGAUUUCAUAUGCCAGUCCACUUGUCAUCACACCAAAAGGAGAUGAUGAUGUUCGCAUCACUGCAGACUUCCGAGUGGCAAACAAAGGAGCAUCGAGAACCCGCAUUGUACCUGGUCUACGAGUAGACGAAAUGUCGGCAACGUUUGGAGACUGCAAAGUGUUUUCACAUCUUGAAAUGAACAAUGGCUACCACCAAAUGAAAGUUGACGAGGAUUCCAAGAAAUAUCUGGUAGUGACCACACCCUGGGAAAAUUUGAAGCAUGAAACGCUUGGAUAGGGAUAGAUAACCAGCCAAGAUGAAUUCGACAGAGGAAUAAAUGAGAUUCUAGCGGGAAUUCCUCACGUAAAGAGUAAUCGAGACGACUGUCUAGUUGGUGGGAAAGAUCGAAACGAGCACAACAGGACACUCGACCUAGUCCUAACACAGACGCAAGACCAUGGAUUAACAUUAAGAUUGGAGAAAUGUGAAUUUGGAAAGGAGGAAGUCGAGUUCUAUGGUGUCAGAUUUACGGGAGAAGGAAUCAAACCAUCGAAGGCGAAAGUGAAAGCGUUGCAAGAAAGUGGAGAGCCCAGUUCAAACGAAGGAGUAAGAAGCUUUCUGCAGAUGGUGGGAUAUAUGUCUCAAUUUAUCACCAGCUUUGCCCAGAUUGCCGCACCGCUGCGACAGUUAACGAAGUCAACCUCAACCUUCCAUUGGGGACCUAUAGAGAACAGGAAGCUUUCGAUAGCUUGAAGAGCAGUUUGACGGAGCAAACAACCCUUUCCUACUUUGUUCCCGAAAGACCGAUAAUAAUUUACGUAGAUGCGGGAAAGAAAACAGAGAAAUCGAGCAACGUUCUUGGAGAACUAUGUGCCAUUUUAUGCCAGCAAGAUGACGACGGACAGUGGAAAAUGUGUCACGUAGCCAACCGUGCCCUAACUGACGUUGAGACAAGAUACGGACAGACUGAGUUAGAAGCAGCUGCGAUCAAGUUUGCUUGUGCUGACGCCCUUUAUAAGUACUUGGUUGCAGCGCCAAAGUUUGAAAUUUUUAUGGAUUGCAAACCGCUUAUACAUCUCUUCAACAAUCCAACCUGA